AAGGCCCAUUAUCACGCCUGAACCUGCUUAUCAGCGAUGUCAACAGUCCCGACUCGGUGAAGAGUGGUCGCGCUCUUGGCACACGGCCCAGGCUCCACUUGGGAAAGUUCGCGGCCGAUCGCCACUGACUGCAACCCAAGACGCUGGGAAGCAGAACUCGAAGCUUCGCUAUUUUUCCGACCUGCUGCUCCGGGGGUUGAAGCAAACGCGAAAAUACACGCGACCUGCCUACAAACCUGCUAGAGCAGAUUACGCAAUUCCCUGUCUCCAUCUACAUCUCACCCAACCAGCGUCAAGCCGCUUUGCGAGAGUUUAACCGGCCUGCAACUGGCGUCGCCGAUCCAAUCACGUGGUCUGGGGAAGUAGGCCUGUCGAUGAGGGGGCCGGCACGAGCCCCAGAAUUCAGCAUUGAUCCCAUCGGCUAUUAGGGGGUGAGGAAAGUGAGGACCCCUGUCGUCGAUAGGGAAAGGCUUCAGGAUGGCAACUCAAGUCGACUCAGACCAGUCUUCGUCGCAGGCGUACUCUGGCGACGAUAGCCAGCCGAAUCGCGAAUGGAAGCUUUUCGGCAAGGUGAAAAAUGCCUGGAAGAAGCUGGAAUUGGAUAUGCCGACUCUGCUUCUCAUGAUGAAGGGUGCCCUGCCACCGACAAUUUGUGUCGCGAUGUACCAAGCGAAUGCUGUUUCAUCGCUAUUUAACACUGUCGGAUACUUUGUGGCUAUCAUCUCUGUUUUAGGGUUCUCGAUCAUGCCUCGUGCCAAGUUCAUCCAGAUGCUGGUGCUUGAUGUGUUGGCAGCUUGCGUCGCGUCGGCUGUCGCUCUACUCAUGAUGUAUUCAUGCAUCAAGGCACGUCAGCACACCGAGUCUGCUGCCGAUGCUGCCAGCGGCAGCGCCUCAUCCGCGCCGUAUAAUUCGUCUGCAGCAGCGGUCAGUGGUGUCUGGUUGUUUUUCGAAAUCUACGCGGUUCACACGUUCCGGGCCAAGUUCCAGCAAUUCCAAUUCCCCGUCAUCAUCUAUUCGAUCGUUGCCAAUGUUACGUUUACAUAUGCUUCUCGGCUCGCGACUAUGACCGCGGGCAUCACCCUUGUCAAGAAGUUGCUCGAAGCAUGUUUGACCGGACUGGGAAUUGCGACGGGCGUCUCGUUGUUCAUUCUUCCAAUGAGUACUAGAGGGGUUGUCUUUAAACAAAUGGCAGGCUACAUCGGGUCCCUGCGCGCUGCACUCAAUGCCCACACAGCCUACUUCGAGACGUUGGAAAAGGACGACAUGUUUGGCCGGGCAGAGACGUACGACUCGACCGUGGAGAAGGUCACUGAUAAAGGCAAGGUGUAUAGCCCGGAGGCGCAGGCUAUCCGCACGGCCUGCCAGAAGGUCACAGACCUUCAUGCCAAGAUACACGGUGACCUGACCUUUGCGAAGCGUGAAAUUGCCAUCGGGAAGCUUGGACCGGACGAUCUCCAGGCGAUCUUCCGACAUCUGCGCCAGAUCAUGAUUCCCGUAGUCGGCCUCAGCUUUGUUGUGGAUAUCUUUCAGCGUCUCUCCGACUAUAACAAAUGGAACCAGCCCAUCGACCAGACCGGAACGGAAAUCCCCGAUGCGGUGCGGCAGCGGGUUAGACAAGAAUGGAACGAGAUCAUGAGGGCCGUUCAUGACCCCUUUAGCUCCAUGAUCCACACCAUUGAUGGGGGCCUGCAACACGUUUCUCUUUUACUUGAGCUGACUAGGCCACCGAAAACAUCGACUGUUAGCAAAGAAACUGACGAUGUCGAGGCAACGGCUUGUCCAAAGCCGGGUGAAAAAGGGUUCUCAGAGUUCUAUGCAAAGAAAAUUCGCGACUUCAAGUACGCUAAGCGGAUUGCCUUGCGGAGCUGGAGUGAAGAGAAGGGCAUCAUCUUGCCGCCUGACUUCUUUGAGCAUCCAUCGUCCGUGCACCUGGAUGUGGAUGAUAUUCCCGACAAUGCCUUUGGUGUUGGCCGAGACCGGAGCCGACGGCAGCUGUACCUAAUCCUCUAUGUGGAGCAACUGCUCGAAUCGACCGGCCACGUCGUCCAUGAUUUCAUCCAGUUUGCGGACGAGAAGGUCGCAAGUGGCAAGCUCGCACGACAGCGCCUUAUCAUACCGGGCUCCAAGCGUUUGCUGAAAUGGCUCAUCAGUGCUUUCAAAGCGGACGACUCGCACGAGGACGACAAUUUGGGUGGUGAUAUUAACUCCCAGAGCAACAUUCUCCAAUUGGGUGAGGCUUACAAGCACCGAAAGAACCCGGAACACUUACCGCCAGAGAAUUCACUCCAGAAAUUAGGAGAUAAGAUUAGACUCAUUCCUUCGGCGUUGCGCUCACCGGAAUCUGCGUAUGGCUUCCGAGUAGCCUGUGCCACAAUGACCGUGGCGGUGGUCUCCUUUCUUCACGAUACGCAGAGCUUCUUUGUCAAGCAGCGAUUCGUUUGGGCCAUGAUCAUGGUCAACCUCAGCAUGUCACCCACGUCAGGACAAAGCAUCUUUGGCUUCGUUCUUCGCCUUCUAGGUACCGUUCUGGCGAUGGUGCUCAGCCUUUUGGCCUGGUAUAUCCCGGGACAGAAGACCCCGGGCAUUAUCGUCUUCCUCUUCAUUUUCUUAACCUGCGUUUUCUAUGUGCCGAUCAAGCAAUUCCGGUUUCGCAUCAUUGGCAUCAUCACCAUCAUUUCGACUACGAUGAUUGUGGGCUACGAGCUCGAGGUGCGGAAAAUCGGAGAGGCCGUGGCUGCUUCAAACGGGCAACAGUACUACCCCAUCUACCUCCUUGGACCCUACCGACUGGCCACGGUGGCCGCCGGUAUUGCUGUGGCCUUUAUCUGGACCUUCUUCCCCUAUCCGAUCUCAGAGCACUCCGUCCUCCGCCAAAGUCUAGGGGCCUCCUUGUACCUCCUGGCUAACUACUACUCCAUCAUCCACGAGACAGUAUCCGCACGAAUGCGAGGCGACGAAGGGGACCUAGCACUAAAGACCUCCUCCGGCCGUCGACUCUUGAAAGCCCGCAACAAAGUAUUCUCCAAACAAAUGCUCAUGCUAAACAACCUCCGAACCUAUGCUGGAUUCCUCAACUGGGAAGUCGCCAUUGGCGGCCGCUUCCCCAAGAGACGCUACAAAUCCAUCAUCACAUGCAUCGAAAACAUCGUAAGCUACCUCAGUCUGCUCGGCUACGCCUCCGACACCCUUCUCCAGCUUGGUGGCGGCGACGACGAAUCCGAUUCCGCCUGGCUACACGACUUCCGUCGACUCGUCGCCAGUGCGCGCGUCACUACUCACGAGGUCACCACCCUCCUGUGUCUCCUGUCCGCGAGCAUCACCAAUCAGCAGCCGUUACCACCGUAUCUGAAAGCACCGCGACCCUACAGUUUCUCGAAGCGACUAGAAGCCCUGGAUAAGGAUAUUCUCAGUCUGCGACAUAUUGCGGAGCCGGGCUUUGCUACGUUCUCGGUGUUACAGAUCUCGACAAGAUGUAUUGUCGGUGAUGUGGAGAGACUUAUGAAGGACGUCAAAGCCUUGGUCGGCGAGCUGGACUUUUCGUUCCAUGCCGUUAGCACGGCACAUAGUGUGAAAUCGUCGGCUGAAGUGUCGCGCAUUUCGAGACCGUCGUCGCGGAAUAAGAUGGAUUAAUGGAAUGGGAUGAGAUGAGAGGAGAGAUGUAGAUGUAUGUGCAUACGCGAUAGAGAUUACGUAUAGUUUGGUGUUGGUAUAAUAGCGCUGAUGCCAUUGAAAUGACUAUUACUUAUUACUAUAGUUAGU